AUUCCUGGAAACUUCAUGUGCAGCAAUGGACGCUGUAUCCCAGGGGCCUGGCAGUGUGAUGGGCUGACAGACUGCUUUGAUGACAGUGAUGAGAAGGAAUGCCCAAAAGCCAAAUCCAAAUGUGGUGCCACGUUCUUCCCCUGUGCCAGUGGGAUCCACUGCAUCAUUGGCCGCUUCCGGUGCAACGGCUUCGAGGACUGUCCCGACGGCAGCGAUGAGGAGAACUGCACAGCAAAUCCCUUGCUUUGCUCUACUGCCCGAUUCCACUGUAAAAAUGGUCUUUGCAUUGAUAAAAGCUUUGUGUGCGACAGUCAAAAUAACUGCCAAGACAACAGCGAUGAAGAAAGCUGUGAAAGCCCUCAAGAAGCAGGGAGCGGCCAGGAUUACGUGACCUCUGAAAAUCAGCUGCUCUACUACCCGAGCAUUACCUACGCCAUCAUUGGCAGCUCUGUCAUUUUCGUGCUCGUGGUGGCCUUCCUGGCCUUGGUGCUGCACCACCAGCGCAAGCGCAACAAUCUGAUGACGCUGCCGGUGCACCGCCUGCAGCACCCGGUGCUGCUGUCCCGCCUGGUGGUCCUCGACCACCCGCACCACUGCAGUGUCACCUACAAUGUCAACAACGGCAUCCAGUACAUGGCCAGCCAGCCCUACCCCAGGCCAUUGGAGCUGGACUCCCCACCAUCCUACUCUGAGGCUGUGCUCGACCAAAGCAGACCACCUUGGUUUGACCUUCCUCCACCACCUUACUGUUCUGAAUCUGAAUCCCCUAAUCAGGCAGACCUUCCUCCUUACCGCUCUCGGUCGGGAAGCUUGGCCAGCGCAGACAGCCGCGUGGCAGAAAGCCCCGUGGGCACAUCCGACAUCUGGACGAGAGAUUUCCAUGGCAGCAUGGAUGGGCACAGAACUCUGCUGGAGAGGACAGUAGAUCAGAGUGAUCCUCUGGUCAGCCACACUGCUGAAAGAGAAGUGUAA